AUGGAUUCUUGGAAUCACAGGAACGUCACACCCUUACAGUCUAGCGUGAAAGGUUUGGUGGGCAAUGACCUUCUAGGUAUUCUGGUUGUCUUUUUCUUGGUCGUCGCUGCGGGGUCCAUCAGUUUUCUUGGAUCAAUUUUCAACGCCAUCAACGCCAUAGUAUUCUUCAAGCAGGGCUUUAAAGACACCGUAAACGUUACUCUGUUUGGUCUGGCCAUCUCCGAUAUGGGAACGUUAGUGACACUUCUGUGGAUGAGCAUCUGUUACAACCCUUGGUUCGUCGAAGCUGAUCUGCCCGUCCACUACCAAGACUUGACCUAUCUAACAGCGGGCUGGCUUAACCUGUGCUUUGCUCGCAUCUCUAGUUGGAUCACGGCUUUUGUCACUUUUGAGAGGUGUCUGUGCAUCGCUCUACCCCUGAAAGUGAAAACUAUUAUAACACCGAGAAAUACUGUUAUCGUAGUUCUUGGUAUAUACGUCACCAUGACUGUUAGCGUUGUGCCUGUGUACUACUCAAUCAGUCUGGGACCGAAGUAUUUCCCUCAAUUCAACGCAACAAAGAUCGGAUUAGUUUACAUAUCUAACGGUGCCUUCAUCGAAAACGUCUCUAUUUCUAUCAAUGCUUUCUCCCAGCUUGUUUCCUUCUUUGCGAUCAUCACAUGCACCAUCAUUCUUGUUCAAAAUCUUCUUCUGAAAUCAAAAUGGCGACAGUCGACUUCCAGCGCUGUUCAACAGGAAUCUUUUUCGAAAAGAGAUACAAAAGUCGUCAAGAUGAUAGUUUUCAUUUCCGGUAUAUUCAUCGCAUGCUAUUUACCGAGUGCAGCCAACUUCAUUGCCACGGUUAUUUCUGACGAGUACAGUAUCGUUGGUAGAUAUCAGAAUAUGUUUUUGUUAACAUGGGCCAUUUUUAGCGCUCUGGUGGCAAUCAAUUCUACCGUAAAUAUAUUUGUAUAUUAUAGCAUGAGCUCAAAGUUCAGAGAAGUUCUGAACAACAUGCUCAAUCAAUAUAAAAAGAGCUGA